GUGGAAGAGAGAGAGAGGUGUUUGUGUGUUUUUGUGUGGUUCUGACCUUUGAUCAGUUCAGAACAAACAUGGCGUCUGUCAGCAGAGAAACGAAGCGACUCUUCUUCAUACGACUCCUCAUCGUUUCUAUCCCAGCAUGCACUGGGCUUCCUGGAGGAGACGUGUUUGUGAGCAGACCUGAGGCCAGCGUUUUCCUCCGUCGCAGCCGUCGAGCAAACUUCCUGUUUGAAGAGCUGAAGAGAGGGAACCUGGAGCGGGAGUGUCUGGAGGAGAAAUGCUCCUACGAGGAGGCCAAGGAGAUCUUCGCCCUGCCACAGCAGCUGGAAGCCUUCUGGAGGAUGUACACAGCGGUGGAUCACUGCCUGUCGUCUCCCUGUAAGAACGGAGCAACUUGUACUCGCCAGAUCGACACCUACGUCUGCAAAUGUGCACCUGGUUUCCAUGGAAACAACUGUGACAAAGCACGCUUGACCUCCAACGGCUGUCGCUACAGGAACGGAGGGUGCGAACACUUCUGCAGAGAGUUUCCGGACCGUCCUCACGUGUGUUUCUGCGCUCCAGGCUACAGUCUGGAUCAGGACAACAGCACCUGCAUGCCUCAAGAUAACGUGGCCUGUGGAAGACCACUGAUCCACUUUGCCCCCAGGGUCAUCAACGGGCAGAUCUGCCCCAAAGGACACUGUCCCUGGCAGGCUCUGCUGACCGAAAACCGAGUGUACACCUGUGGAGCCAUCGUCCUGUCAGAUCAGUGGGUCCUGACUGCAGCUCACUGUGUGUGGAGAAAACCUGCCGCCGUCUUCCACAUCACUGUGGGUGAACAUGACCGACUGGAGGUGGAGAAGACCGAGCAGGAGCGCCGGGUGGUCACAGUGGUGAUGCACCCUGGCUACAACAAGUCCAGCUCCGACAAAGACCUGGCCCUGCUGAAGCUCCACCGCCCGGUCAAACUGGGACGCUAUGUGGUUCCCAUUUGCCUCCCCGCUCAGAACAGCACCUUCAGCCGAACACUGGCCACCAUCCGUCACUCCACUGUGUCCGGCUGGGGCCGUCUGUCAAGGUUCGGUCCCCCAUCCAGAUUCCUCCAGCGGCUGGUGCUGCCAAGGGUCCCAUUGCAGGAGUGCCGCCUCCACACCAAGCUCAACAUCACCAGGAACAUGCUCUGUGCUGGACUGAGGACUGGCGGCCAGGACGCCUGCGAAGGCGACAGCGGCGGCCCUCUGGUGACGCGCUACAAGAAAACCUGGUUCCUGACGGGCGUGGUGAGCUGGGGGAAGGGAUGUGCCAAUGAAAAUCUGUAUGGUGUAUAUACCAGAGUCAGCAACUUCCUGGAUUGGAUCGGAGACAUCAUGUCCACUGGCUGAAACGGGUUUCAGGCCAGGAUGCUAACACUUAAGUAAACGCCAACAAAACCUGCUCAGGUGGCGAUUUAUUUUAAGAUCAGAUGAAGAUUCAUCAUCAAAAUCAAAAUCACUCUUUUUGUCCUGUGAGAUACUGAUUCUUGUAGUUAAUGUAAAAGAAAUAAAAAAUGAUUUUCUGGUGCUGUGGUCCUGGUA